GCGCCGGCUCAGCCGCCUCGAGCUUCCGCUGUAAACACAGGUAUGCGGCGAAAACAAAACCAUCGAGCGAGUGAUGGCUGUGAACGACUUUUGCAGAUUAUGUGAAGUAAAUCUGCGCAUCCACGGUACAAUUAGUGCAUCUAAACUCAUAUUUGACAGUAGAGACAAACACGAAAAUAUUUGCAGCCAACUGUCAAAGUUAGGAUUAGUUCUGUUAAACACGGCUGUUCGUUCAUUUCGAGUCUGUCGGAAAUGCUGCAAUUUAAUUGCAAGAUUACAGCAUGACAUGGCAAUGUUCAAGGACUGGAAAAGAAAGGAGACACUGACCUGUCAACAGGGUUCCAGUUCGAGCUCGACAGAUAAAAGAGACCGAGAUACAGCCUCUAAAACUCCAAGGACCAUAAAAAAGCCGAGGAAGGCCAUGGAUUUGCCAUCACGGAGCAGUGUCACCGAGGUGGGUUGAACACUACAAUGCUAGUUUGGACAUAGGUCCAGUACUUUUACUUGUUUGCAAAUCUAAUCAAUUUAAAAUCAUCAUUUGUGUUCUGUCACAAUCACAAUUAUCGCUUUGCCGGUGUUGUGCCGAAAACAGACUCCCUGCCAAAUUAUGACUCCCCCAUUCCCCACUAACAUUAGGUGUUAGGUGUGGGGGAGGGGUUAGGAUUAGCCAAUCCCCAGCCAAAUCAAUGAGGGGAGUCGCAAUCUGGAGGGGAUUCCAAAUUCGGCACAACACCGGACUCUGGCUUCCCCAGUUUCUCGCUGACGAUCGGUAACAGUUGAUAAAUUAAACGUUUCCCAAAACCUGUCGGGAGUAGGGCCACAACAUCACCUCCAUUCAAAACGUGAACCAAACACUCUUGUUCAGGCUUCAGUCGGCGAAUGCCCGUGGAAUAUUCUCCACAACAGAGCGAAUAGCAUCCCGUGUCUGUCUCCAGUCCAGCAGGAGUCGCUCUGCAGCUCUUCAGUCCGCCGAUAAACCCACUAAAGAAAGAAAGAAAGUCAAACAUCAAGCGCUGCGUGUUCACAUCACUCUGAUUUUCUCUCUUGAGUGUUUUAAACAGAGUGUUGUGUGUGUGUGUUUGUGUUGAGAUGUUGAGGAUGACGUCACAGAUGUGCUGUAAAUCAGUGGGAACUGAUCUGUCCAUGCUGGAUAUUGAUGAUUUCAUCACAGAAAUCUGUCAGCUGAAGAAAGAGGUGGCGUUACUGGAGGAAAAGCUGAGGACAAGAGGAGAUGAACUCAACACUGAGAAGUCCAGACACACACAGGACUCGGAGCUCAGCCUCACUUUACUCUGUUAUACUGACACAAACCCCACAGACGCUCAGGACACUGUGUGUGACAGUAAUCACACCUUGAAUCAGGAUGAAUCUACUGAUCAAACCUCCACAGAGUCUCUGGAUUCUGUCUGUAACGCUGGAGAACAGCAGAUCCUGAACACCAGACCACUCAACAUGUGUUCUGUCACACUGAUGGACUGCAGGAAACUGAUGGAGAUGAGAAGACAAACACCAGCAGAAGAAGAAGAUCACACUGAUGAAGAUGAGAAUCACGAUGAUGAUGAUGAUUUCAUCCCUUCAGAUGAGAGCGGUGAUUCAUGUUGUGAUGGAGAAACGGCCUCUACAUCAAAACAGCGACUGACAGCACAAACUCUUUCCUGCAUCACCUGUGGAAAGACAUUCAGUUCACAGAGACGUUUAGAGACACAUGAGAGAAAACACACAGAACAGAAACUCUUCACCUGCACCAGAUGUGACAUCAGCUUUCCUACCUUACAAGAGAAGAAACUUCAUUCACAAGAGCACAGAGACCAGAAACACUUUCACUGUCAGCAGUGUGGGAGAGCUUGUGUCUCGUCUUCUAGUCUGAAGAUUCACAUGAGGACACACACUGGAGAAAAACCUUUCCACUGCAGUCAAUGUGACAAAUAUUUCAGCUCCAAAGGAAAUCUUGUUACUCAUCAGAGAAUUCACACGGGAGAAAAACCGUACGAGUGUCCUCACUGUGACAAGAGAUUCAGUUACGGAUCCUAUAUAAAGAGACACCUGCGUUUACACACCAGUGAGAGACCGUAUCAGUGCAGUGAAUGUGGAAAAACCUUUAGACAGUUAUCUGGUCUAAAGUCGCACCAAACAACUCACUCUGAGGAGAAACUCUAUCAGUGUUCACACUGUGACAAACGUUUCAGUCAUAAAUCUAAUCUGACAACUCAUGAGAGAGUUCACACUGGAGAGAAACCUUACCUCUGCUCUCACUGUGGAAAGAGCUUUUCUAACCCAAGUUCUUUUAUUUUUCAUAAAAGAAUUCACACUGGAGAAAAACCUUAUCACUGCAGUGUUUGUGGGAAGAGUUUUAAUCGUCAGAACAAUUUUACAAAACACCAGAGAAUUCACACAGGUGAAAGACUCUAUAAAUGUUCUCAGUGUGACAAGACGUUUGCUCGACCAGAUGUCCUAAAAACCCACAAGAGAGUUCACACUGGAGAGAAACCUUAUCACUGCUCCAUCUGUGGAGAGAGAUUCACUUAUUUAGGAAGUUUUAAUUCUCAUCAGAAGAAACAUGCUGAAGAACAAACUGCACUGGAAUCAUCAUAGCGUCUUUAAACCCUGAGCUCUUACUGUCAGUCAAUAUCACAUUGAGUUUUCAGAUGAAUUGAUGAUGGAAUUCAGUGUUUUACAGCUACAACAAGAAAUGUCCAAAUGUCAUUCCUGUGUGUCAGUAAAUGUGUUCAGAUGCUUCUAUGAUGAAAGAAUAUAUAAAAAUACAAUUUUGUUUGAAUAGGGACAUAAACAUGACUUUAAACAUGCACUGUACAUCGAGAGUCAUCAAUAUAUACUGUAUAUAACUUUCAUAUUUGAUAUUUGUAGUGGGUUUAAUGUUUAUUGAAUUCAUAGGAAGUUAUAAUUACAUUUUGUUGUUACGAUUUGCAGUACAGUAAGGAAUCAAAUAAAAUGGUAUGUGCGUGGCAUAUUUUAUUAAUUACUGAAUUGCAAUUGUGUUACGUUUGUUCACGUGAUAUUCUUAUAUCAGUGGAUGAUUUAUAUAUAGCAGAGAGAACGAGAGAGAAAGGCUUGAGUCCUAAAUCGCAUACUCAAUGAGUAGGUACUCAAUGUCAGUAGGUACGAACUGUUUACCCUGAAUGGAUGUAGUAUGCGAUCUGCCGUUGUCCGCCAUAUUGAUGAUCUUCUUCUUCUCCUUUUUAAUGGUGGGGAGCAAAUUACUUUAGUGGUGCAUGUCGCCACCUACUGUACUGGAGUGUACACGGCCAAAGAUUAACCAUGUGACGUAAUAACAAGCGCAACAACCGAAGUUAUGAGAGACAGGUGCAUUAACAUCAGUAAUGCUAACUUUAGCUUCCAUGAGUUUUUCCAGCAUUUGCAACAUGUUUGUAAUGCCUUCACAAAGGAGACGUCGGGUAUCUUAUAAAUUAAGUGUACCCUAGAAAUGCAUUGCUGGCCCACACCUACACUUGUGCUCAAUAUUAUUGAUAAGUGCUGACCAAUACUGAUUUUUUUUCCUGAAAAAUGAUAUUUACAUUUUACAUUUAGUCAUUUAUCAGACGCUUUUAUCCAUAUAUUGAUAUAGUGUAUUAAAAUAAGCUAUUAAAUGUAAUUGUAUUGCCAUAUGCCAUCUAUGCAUUAAUACAGACUACAAAAAUGUGAAUGGAU